AUGGAACAAGAGCUCGUUACAACGCCAGCGGCAGGACUGACCGACCGCGCGCUGCUGCUGGAGCGCUUCCGAGGGACGCCGAUGCACGUGUCGCCGACGGGGACGAACGAGACGCAGCGGCUGGCGUCGCUGUGGUCGUACCGCGUCAUGGACAGCGGGCGUGAAGAGCAGUAUGACGACAUUGUCUCGCUCGCGGCAGACCUCUGCGCCUGCCCCGUCGCAGUCAUCAACUUUGUCGGCGAGGAGUCGACCUACUUUAAGGCCGCGUACGGCAUUGGCGGCUCGGGAACGCCGCGCAGCAUCUCCAUCUGCGACCAGGCAAUCCGCCGCAAACCGCCAACCUUGUUCCCGUCGCUCUCCGCAGCCGCAGUGAUGGAGGGCAACCCGCUCGUGCAUUGCAGUGGCGGCAUGGAGUUCUACCUGGGCGUCCCCAUCAUCGACCCGCGCACAGAGCAGGCCGUCGGAGCGCUGUGCGUCGUCGACUACAAGCCCAGGACGCUCAGCGACGCCACAUUGAAGGCAAUGUCGCUGCUGGCAAAGCAGGUCAUUGCGGCACUCGAGUCGCGACGGCGCUUGAUUGACCUGAUUGAAAUGCAGCAGGAGCUCGACAAGGCAAACAGGCUCAAGGAGCAGGCGCUGCAGGCUCGCGAGACCUUUUUGGCCAGCAUGUCGCACGAGAUUCGCACGCCGAUGAACGCCAUUCUCGGGCUCGAGCGCCUCAUUUCAAACACGAGCCUGACGCUCGAGCAGCAGCAGUACGUCUCCAUGAUCCAGACCAGCGGGCGCAUGCUCCUGACGAUUGUCGACGAUGUGCUCGACUUUGCCGCCAUGCAAGCCAACGACGGCCUCGUCAAGCUGGACGAAGUCCCGUCCAGCCCCAUCGAGGUCAUUGAAACCGCGGCAAUGCUCACGCAGAACAUGGCCAACGAGCGAGGCCUUGCCUUUGGCCUGUUUGUCGAUCCAAAGGUCCCCAACAGCCUCAUGCUCGACCGCGUGCGAUUCCAGCAGGUUCUUCUCAACGUCCUGACCAAUGCGAUCAAGUUUACGCGUCGCGGCCAUGUCGAGCUUCGUGUCACUGGCGAAUGGGUCACAUCCACCAGCAGUACCACCGCCGAGGUCACCAACGACAACAGCAACAGCAACAGCAACAGCGACAACAACAGCAACAACUCGCUGGCGCCGCCAACAGACGCCCAGGCCGCAGCGUCACCAGCAGCCGCAUCCAGCGACUCGCCGCGGUUUAAACUCCGUGUCAGCGUCAAAGAUACCGGAAUUGGCAUCUCGCCGGCUCAGCUCGCCACCUUGUUCCAGCCAUUCAGCCAAGUCCAUCACAGCCGCGGCGAGCUCGGCGGCACAGGCCUCGGGCUGGUGAUUUGCUCUCGCCUGGUCCGUGCUCUUGGCGGAGAAAAGCUGGAUGUCGAGAGCACCGAGGGCGUUGGCUCGACCUUUUCCUUUACGUCGCUCUGUCGCCCUUCGCCGAUCCAAGAGCUUCCCACCACACCCACUCCUCCCACCACAGCAUCAUCACCCGAAGCACCGCCGGCCUUAGCGAAUGGUGCCAGUCACCGGGUGUCCCAUCCCAACCUUGACCGUCCAGAUCUGGAUGGUUACCAGCUCACCAUCGCUCAACGCAACCUGCUUGCAAACAAGAAAUGUGUCUUCCUGGGCGCAGUCACAGUCUCCACUGCUCUCUGGCUCGAGCUGCUUUCGGCGUAUCAAAUCAACGUCCAAGUGGCGAGUUCGUUCGACACCUUCUUCUCAGAUUACGACACGGCCAAGGCAUCCACCAUUGACAUCUUCCUUGCUGAUCUCGACACUCUCCGAGUCAUGGAGUCGACUCUCCUCAACGCGCUCUGUGAGGUGGGUCCUCUGGUUCUUGUCGAAGAGAAGGUUCGUCGGCCGAGUCUAACUGGCGCCGAUCAACCGUCGAGCAACGGUCAUUCCGGCACUCCCGAGCACGCCGCCGCCAGCGACAGCGCCCGGACGAUCGAGUGGCGCUCGGCAAGUCACCAGCGCAGCUUGCAGAGUCCCCUGCGAAUGACCGAGCUGGUUCGCACCCUGUGCUCGCUCUUGGCCCAACCGCUCCCAGUCGCACUCGCAACUCGCCGAUCUUCGUCAUUGAUGCCUCAAGUCACCGAAGUGCCCGCCAAGCCAGUCGCAACGGCUCCAUCGCCCAAGGCUACCGUUGUCGACCCGAAGGCCAUGCCCUGCUCGGAGCGAACCACGACGCCACGGCUCACGCCCAUCGCUCCCAACUUUCCGCUUCGCAUUUUGCUGGCAGAAGACAACGUCAUCAACCAGCGCGUGCUCGUCAUGCUAAUGCGCAAGCUAGGGUAUGAGAUCCAGGUUGCCGAAAACGGCCGGGCUGUUCUUCACGCGCUCGCGCGAGAGACGGCUCGCGGCCGCGAGUUUGAGUACCAGUGCAUUCUCAUGGAUGCGUCCAUGGACGACAUUGACGGCCUGGAGUGCACGCGUGUCAUUCGGUCCCAGCAGCUGCCAAACCACAUUCGGCCGUUCAUCAUUGCCCAAACAGCCAACGCCACUGCUGAAUACCGCGUCGCGUGCCUGGACAGCGGCAUGGAUUGGUACAUGACCAAGCCUAUUCUGAUUGACUCGCUGACCGAGGCUCUCAAGGCGGCCUACCACUGGCACGAGCAGAAUCCACUGCCAGCCAAGGCCCUUCCUCCGACUGCGUCCGCCGCCGAGCGGUGA